CAGUUCGCACUUCGCACUUGCCUUGUACAUGACAAUAUUGACGAUAUUGACGACAAAAUUAGAAAGUGCAUUUCCUAACUGUAAUUUUGCGUCAAAUUUAAUUUAUUUAGGAUAUUAUUUAAAUCAACUUUAACAUGACGACGGCUGCGCGACCGACAUUUGAUCCCGCAAGAGGAGGGCAAGGCCGAGGGGAAAAAGAUCUCAGUGCACUUUCCAAACAAUACAGUUCUCGGGAUCUUCCUUCCCACACUAAACUGAAGUACAGAGAACAUGGACAAAAUACAGCCACUGAGCUUAGGAAUAAAGAUUUCCGCAAAGAACUCGAAGAGCGAGAAAAGGAAAAAACGUCGAAUCGACGUAUGAUCGAACCAGAACGGAGUGGAGUAGCUUCUGCAAAACGUCAAAAGGUCGAUCAAGUUCCGGCAGCCAGCUUAGACGCUGACGAUCCGCUCGAUGAAAACGACUCCGAUUCAGACAGUGAUGACGAUGAUACUGCCGCUCUGAUGGCAGAACUGCAACGAAUUCAACGGGAACGAGCUGCAGAACAUGAAAAGAAGGAAAUCGAGAAGAGACAAGAGGAGGAGAGAAUACGAAUGGAGAAUAUUGUCUCUGGAAAUCCGCUCCUAAACUACUCUGCACAAACAGGCCGCUCCGAUUUAAAGGUCCGAAGAAGAUGGGAUGACGACGUCGUUUUCAAAAACUGCGCUCGUUCUGAGCCGAAAAAGGCAAAUUCUGUGUUUAUCAAUGAUUCGCUGAGAAGUGAGUUUCAUCGCAAGUUCAUGGACAAGUAUGUCAAGUAAACUUAAUAUUAAUUAAUAAUUAGGUAUAUCUUUAAGUACACAGAUUUUUAUACACAAGUACAUGAAAAUUUACUCCGUGAUUUUCUUCUACACAUACCAAUUAGAUGUCGACGUCUUUUAGUAAGAUCGCAUUCCAACAUGUCUAUCAAAGUUCAGUUUGCGAUCUAAAACGUCCUUGAUAAUUAACUACUAACACGUUUAAAGGGAAAAUAUAUAAUCAUGCCUACAAACAA